AUGGAUCCGAAGCUAUUUGCAGCUGCUCAACAGAGCAUGGCUAUGAACCAACAAAAUCAAACAAAUCCAAACAUGAUGAUGGCGUUUCAACCACAACAACCAACGAAUGAUAUGCAGUCCUUUGCCAUGAACGGACUCUCUUUCAAUCCAGCACAACUUAAUACCAUGAAUUUCCCCAAUGACUUUAGUCAACUGGAUCAAACAGACUUGAAUUUACCUUUUUUACAAACCAAUCCUUCAUUGAUGAACAUGACAUUACCUCAAUCACAACCUCCACCCAUGCGUCCUCCAUCACAGUCUGUUUAUUCACCACAAAAUCUAAUGGCACUUCAGGUGAAUAGUCCUGCUGCAUUACAGGCUCAAUUUCAAAAUAGAGUCAUGUAUCAGAAUAAUGGCAAUAUGAUGAAUACACCUCAAGCAUUGAUGUUUCAACAACAACAACAACAACAACAACAGCAACAACAGCAACAGCAACAACAACAACAACAGACAGCUAUGGUUAUGAAUCGAGCCAAACAAUCACCAAGUCAAUCACCAGCAUUAAACAAUGCUCAUUUUGCAGGUAAUGCGAUUGGUUCACCUGUAAUCAACAGUAAUAGUCCUCAUAUGGCAAAUACACGCACAGGCUCUGAUUAUGCUGCUUCACCUAUGAAUCUAAAUAUGGGGUCUCCUAUUCAGCAACAAGGUAUUUCUCCAUCGCCACAAAUGCCACGCGUGAUUCCCUCACAAGUGAACACUAACAAUCGAUUUAUGCCUAUGUCAGCCUAUCAACCUAUGGUACAGAGCACAACGGUCGACAGUCCUUCUUUUAUAUCACAACCUGAACUUGAGACAAGUCAAUACGUACAACAAUCCCCUAUGCAACAUCAUUCGCCUAUUCCACGUCAACCUACACCAGGCAGCACACAUUCCACACCUCAUCAACAACACCAGCAGCUCGAGAGUCCUGCUAAACCAUCCUCCCUUUCCCCUCAACUUCAUGAAGCCACACCCACUCAUGGUCCUGAAACUCACGUGACUUAUAUACCAAAAACGCGCAAUGUAGAAACGUAUGGUGGUGUUGAUCUCAAGUAUUUUGACAAGUUUGAAAUCAAGCCUCCUGUACCUCAUUUAAAUGAAUUGGGUCUGAUUGAUAUUCAGGCCUUGAUCAUGUCUUUAAAGUCAGGCAUGAAGAUGGAAAUUACGAAUGCAUUGAAUGUCUUGACUGUCUUGACUGUUCAACCUCAUAUUCAUCAACAACAACAACAACAACAACAGCAACCACUUCAUUUACCUUUAGCUCAAUGUGAGGAUCUAUUGGAUGUCUUGCUAGACUAUUUAGAACAAGAUAUUUUAAGCACAGACAAACAAGAUCACAUGAUUCAUGAUCUGACCUACACAGAUCUGUUUGACAUGUCUUUGGAUGAAAUGAAGAGUUUGAUACCUCAACUAGAAAACUCGACUUCGGACGUAUGGAUCUCAUUAAGAGAACGAUGUCUGUGCAUCUUUAACAUCUUGCGCAACUUGUCUUUUAUGCCUGAAAAUGUAUCUUAUUUGGCCCAACACAAACGGUUUGUGUCUCUGAUGGCCAAGAUUGUGGAGGAUGCACGCCAUGUGUCUUGUCAAGAAGGACGUGAUACCACAGGCAAAGAGGCUUGGUUUGUAGGCAUUCGUCGUAUGGACACAUUGGAUUUCCGCAAGAGUAUCUUGAUGAUCCUGAGUAAUAUAGGGAUGCUGCUAUCGAUGCCUGAUCGUGCCACAGGCUGUGCGUUGGUUGAACUGAUCCAUGACUUUUUGGUGAAUGGACCUGAUACUUAUUAUGCCUUGUUGGCUAUUGAGACAUGGACUAAACUGACUGUGAAUUACGAAAAUCGACAGUUACUGCAUACUUUGCUGGAAGACACGCCUUGGAUACAAGCCAUCUGGAUUGAACUGACCUGGGUCAUUCGACGUGAUUUUUUUUCGUUAGAUGGUCGAGUGAUGCAUGCCAUGACAUCCAAUCAAUUGGCUACGUUGGAAUUGACAGUGAUUGGACUUUAUAAUGUGGUGGCUAUAGCACAGACAGAAUCAUGGAAACAACAACUGGCUCAGUCCAACAAGAGUAUUGGGAUGAUGAUGAUUCGACUCUGUAUCACAUUGGCUGAAUCAGGCAAUCCGCAAUUUGGACUUGUAGCCAAACGCGGUAUGGAACUGUUGCGUUCACUUAUCUGUGGUGGAGAUGGUAUUCGAAGGCGCACCAGUGUACGUCAACAAAACCAAGAGAAUGAACCCCAAGAAGAAGAUGGAGAAAAGACGGAUUCGAUUGCUGAAAAAGCCAGUCGUAUCUUGGAUAUGCCUGUGGUGCGUGAAAAGCUGAUGUUGUCCAUGUUGAAACCAACAACAGAUCCUGAAAUCUUGCGUGAAUUGUCAGAUAUUGUUGCACUGAUAGAUGAUGAAGAACCCAUUGUAUAA